UUCCUACUAUUUCUCUCUCCAACCAAAGUCGUGUAAAACAGUAAAAACAUGUUUCGUAUUCCAAAUCAAAAAACAAAACUAUUUGUCUCCUCUUUCCCAUGUUUCAACGGAACUGCAACGACAACCCAAUAGUGUAUCAGUGUUUCAAAAAUAUUUCCAAUUUCAGCAUUUCCAUUUCAUCUUCUUCGUGGAAAUUCCAAUUCCAAUCCCAAUAACACUCGCAGUUACACGCGCGUGUUAGCUACAUCACAUGCAUCUCUCACUCUCAUUCCCAAACUCACACUUCCUUGAUAAUCGAUCAGAAAUCACUUUCAAGUUUCAGUUAAUUCUUUACCGUGAUCGUCACCGUCGCCGCCGUAAUACGGCGGGGAUUCUAUCAAUUUGGUUUCUUUCUCUGCAUAAAUGCGUGUUACAGUGGAUCUAGGGUUUACGACUCUGCUCCUUGUCGCUGCGGUUUCCGUCGUCUUGCCGGCGAUCGGGUUUCUGAUACGUCAUAAGUGGCGGCGUGCCGAGGAGAGAGCGGAGGAGAUUAAGAGAUUGUUGAUUCUCGCGGCGGAGGAGUCUGCUAGGGCUGAACGGGAAGCAGCUUCGUAUCAAUAUGUUGCUCCGAAUUCGUAUGAAAACGACGCUGUUUCCGUCGCUAAGAAUAAUCAAUGUGCUAUGUGCUUCUCUCCGACAACGACGCGGUGUGCGAGGUGCAAAACGGUUCGUUACUGUUCUGGUAAGUGCCAAAUUGCCCAUUGGCGUCAAGGUCACAAAGAAGAAUGCCAUCCUCCCAGCACAACUCAUCAGACUGAUGAUCUGGUAAGCAAUAUUGGUAAGAAGGUAGCAGAACCAGACUAUCGUGGAAUCAAUGAAAGAGUUGAGUCUCUUGCAGAGGAAAAUAUCACAGGUUCUAAUUCUGAAUCAUCUGAUGAUUCAUCUGUUUGUGAGAGUAUCAUCUCAAACAAGCAUGGGAGAUCCGAGGGAUACAUUUGUACUGACCAUAUGUGUGACAUCUCUGACAUAAAAACUAAUGGUAAUAGCAUAGGUGCUACCAUCCCAUUGUCACCUAAGUUUGCUAGUUUGGUUGAUGACUCAGUUCAUGGCUUUUCUACAAUGCCUAAAUUAAAUAAAGAAGAGAUUAAGCUCACAUCAAAUGUUAAUCCGGGUUUGACAAUGAAGAAAGGGGAUACAACAGAGCCUUCAAAAGUGCCUUCUGGAUUUUGGGAUUGCACUCUUGAGAAAAACAUGCCAAAUGCCGGAUCAGAAUCUUCUGAGAAUGAAGAUCUUCAUUCUUCACAUUGUGUAGAUGUUUCAAGCAUCCAUAGCUUUCACACUGUUGGCUCUAAGGUAUCAAAUCAUGUUACGAUCAACCCUGGAAGCACCUUGAGAUCUGCUGAAAUUAGCCAUCUUCCACAGACAUCUGCUGAUACUAAAUUUGUUUCUAAAGCUGAAGAUGAGCAUUUACAUUACAAUACAAAAAGUAUGAAUAAUGGUACCCGAAAUUCAUCUCAGGCUGCUAACUGUUUUCCAAAUUCCAAGGAUUGCCUUAAAACAUCUGUUCCGAAAGUUGCUGAUCAGUUUAGAGGAUCAAAUUUGUCUAAACAGUUUUCAGUAUCUGUUGGGAGUGAUGUUGUGGGAAAAUACAGUGACAAGGGUCUUUUUCCAUAUGAUUUGUUUGUCAAGCUUUAUAACUGUAACAGAGUGGAGUUUCAACCAUUUGGUCUUACAAAUGUAGGAAACAGCUGUUAUGCGAAUGCUGUACUUCAGUGCUUGGUAUUUACACCUCCCUUGACUGCAUAUUUGCUUCAAGGACUUCAUUCUAAAUCAUGUGUAAAUAAAAAAUGGUGUUUCACAUGCGAGUUUGAAAGUUUGAUUAUGAAAUCGAAAGACACAAAAUAUCCCCUCUCACCUGUAGGCAUACUCUCUCAACUACAGAAUAUUGGAAGUCAACUUGGUAAUGGAAGAGAAGAAGAUGCACAUGAAUUUCUAAGGCAUGUGGUUGAAACAAUGCAAUCGGUUUGUCUUAUGGAAUGCAGAGUUAAUGCAUCAGACUCAUUGAAAGAGCAAACUAAUUUACUGGGUCUUACAUUUGGAGGCUACUUGCGAUCAAAGAUACAAUGCAUGAAAUGUGGAGGGAAAUCUGAGCGUCAAGAAAGGAUGAUGGAUUUGACUGUUGAGAUAGAAGGGGAGAUAGCAUCCCUGGAGGAGGCCCUUAAACAGUUUACAAGCACUGAGACUCUGGAUGGAGAAAACAAGUACCACUGUGUCAGAUGUAAAUCUUAUGAGAAGGCCAAGAAGAAAAUGGCAGUUUCAGAGGCACCUAAUGUUCUUACAAUUGCAUUGAAGAGAUUUCGGUCUGGAAAAUUUGGGAAGCUUAAUAAGCCAAUUCGGUUUCCUGAAAUACUUGACUUGGCACCUUUCAUGAGUGGUACUAGUGAUUUGGCUAUAUACAGGCUGUACGGGGUCAUUGUACACUUGGAUAUUGGGAAUGCUGCUUAUUCAGGUCACUAUGUGUGCUAUGUGAAGAAUUUCCAAAACAGUUGGUUCAAGGUUGAUGACAGUGUGGUGAUGCCUGUUGAAUUGGAAACAGUCUUAACGAGAGGCGCCUACAUGCUUUUUUAUGCAAGGUGCUCACCUAGGGCCCCUAGAUUAAUCAGGGACAUGAUAGUGUCCUCAGAUUCAAAAAGCAAAGUCAAUGGAAAAACUAUCACAAUGAAGUACAAACACACAUCUUCAGAUUCUGGUUCCACCGAAGCCAUGACUAGUCCUGUUUCUCCUUACGAUAUACCAGUCUUAGAAACCAUCCAUUCAAAGUUUCAUCACAUGAAAAGUAUCUUGGAAGAAGACUCAUCAAGUGAUAAUUCAUCCCUAAUCAGCAACACCUCCGAUGAAUGUUCUUGCAGCACCGAUAGCACCUGUGAUUCAACCGGUACCGACGAAUUUGCUGAUUACAUUUUUGGUAAUUCAGGACGAGGCGGCGGGGGUGGCACAUCCUCCACAGGUGUGGCAGAGAUUGACGGUCUUUUGUGCAGGCGCAGACCGGUAGAAGUUGAAAGGACUGAGGGUGGUAUUUCUUCUCAUUUGCAUCUUAACACAAAUAUAGAGCAUAGGAAAUUAGAUACAAGUAGGUGUAGUAGUAGUUUUAGGGAAACUGAUUCUUUUCAUAGAGAAGGAUCUAACCAUUUUAGUCAUAUAAAUUCUGGUGUAUCAUAUAGAAAGGCAAGAGAAAGAACGGAUUGAAAUAUUUCAGUACCAUACAAAAGUUGGGAGCCCCUAGUAAUAAAUAAUAAAGAGCAUGCUCUUUACUAUGUA